AUGUCUAUCCUUAUCUUAAAGGUGUACGCCGGAAUUAUCUAUGAACAAUGUAAAAACUAUGUGGAUAUAACAGACGGAAGUCGGGACGGUGACAAUAUAAUUAAAGAUGGAAUAACUUACACCCCUCAACAUUAUUUCACUAUUGGACCUUCGGUUAAGGGGUGUAUUUGUGAUAUUGUUGUAUGUGUACGGAAAUGUUGUCGUGAAGGUGAAACUAUGAAUAUGACCAGUAAAAAGUGUGUUAGUUCACAUAAUGAUAGUUUUACUAAAUACAAUGUUUAUAGUAUAAUUCACGUUCCAGACAAUACAAUUUGUACUGAUGUUGAAACAAGAAUAAAUCUUGGAAGUGAUUUUAAAAUUGUAGAUGGUGUGAUGUUGUGGGAAGACAUUGAGUUUGAUGUAGAUCAUUACUGCGUGAUAAAACAAGGAGAAGAAUAUUUUGCAAUUGGCUGCAUUACUUUUCCAACUCAAGUUGAUGCAAUCAUUUCUGGUUUAGGUCAGUAA